AUUGUGUUUGAUGCGGGCUCUUCUCACACGACCAUGUACAUCUACAAGUGGUCAGCAGAAAAGGUGAAUGACACAGGACUGGUGUAUGAGAUAGAAGCCUGCAAGGUCAAAGGUCCUGGAAUCUCCACAUAUGCUACAAAGUUACAAGAGCUACCUAUUUACCUGACUCAAUGCAUGGGAAGAGCUAAGGAGCUGAUUCCAAAGUACAAGCACCAAGAGACACCUAUUUACCUGGGGGCCACAGCAGGCAUGCGGUUGCUCAGCUUGGAAGAUGCAAAAUUGGCAAAUAAAAUCCUGUCUGCAGUGACAAGUCUCCUCAGCUCCUACCCCUUUAAUUUCCGGGGUGCCAGGAUCAUCUCGGGCUCAGAGGAAGGUGCUUACGGCUGGAUUACCAUCAACUAUCUUUUGGGAAUAUUAAAGGAGAAACAAUAUUCUAAAGACCCGUCUUUGGAAAAAAAUGAGAGUCAGGAAACCUAUGGAGCCUUGGACCUUGGGGGAGCCUCCACGCAAAUCACUUUUGUGCCCAAAACAGUCACUAAAAACACUGCAAGCAAACUUAUGAAAUUUCGCCUCUAUGGCAAGAACUACAGUGUAUUCACACACAGCUACUUGUGCUAUGGGAUGGAUCAAGCACUCUUACGGAAACUGGCCAAGGACAGUAAGAAUGCAGUAUUGGAAGCCUACAUGGAACCAUGCUUUCACCCUGGAUAUGAGAGGACAGUGGACUUACAUGAAAUUUACAACACAACCUGUGCCUGGACUUUUAAGGUUUGGUUACCAUUCAAUAAGAUAAGAAUCCAGGGCAGUGGAAACUUUGAAAAAUGCCUGCAAAGUAUCAAUGAGCUCUUCUCCAUCAGUUAUUGCCGUUACACCAGUUGUGCCUUCAAUAGUGUUUCCAGGCCUUCAGUCCAUGGGAAAUUUGGGGCAUUUUCAGCUUAUUACUAUGUGAUGGAGUUUUUAAACUUGACAUCAGAUAAAGUCUCCAGUAGGGACAUGGUGAAUGAGAAGAUGAGAACAUUCUGCUCUACACCUUGGGAAGUGGUGAACACAACUUUCAUUGGAGUGAAGGAGAAGUACUUGAGUGAAUACUGCUUUGCUGGAUCCUACAUUUUAAAGCUCCUGGAAUACUAUAAUUUCACAGAUUACUGGAAUCACAUUGAGUUCAUGGACAAGAUAAACAACAAUGCCGAAGCCGGGUGGACACUGGGCUACAUGCUGAACCUGACCAACAUUAUCCCAGCUGAGCUGCCACCGCCUAAACCCUUCUCUCGCCCCACCUACAUCUCCCUCAUGGUCGUCUUCUCCCUGGUGCUGGCUGCAGUGUUCAUCCUAGGCUCGGUGCUCUUUCACAAGUCUUGGUAUUUCUGGAAUUAA